AGAGGAGGACGCAGAAUGAGGGCCCUGCGGGUGAGGGCCCCCAAGAGCUGGGCCGGGGACCCCAACCCGGAAGCCCUCGCCCCUAGAACGAGACUCACUGAACAUCCCGGGAUCUGGGGCUUUGGAACCUCAACCGCCCGGAACCGCUUUGAGAACCGAGUGGCUGAGAAACAGAAAGUCUUCCAGGCGGACAAUGACCUCCCAGUACACUUGAAGGGCGGGGCAACAGACAACAUCCUGUAUCGACUGACCAUGGGCCUGUGUCUAGGGGGCACCGUCUAUAGCCUGUACUGCCUUGGCUGGGCCUCCUUCCCUCACAACAAGUGAGACAAGAAGCCUGCAGGACCUGAACAAGCAUCAAUAAAUGUGCUGGCUUCUUGGGGAACCCAGCCCAACCGUGGCCUCUGUUUGUAUGCCCCCCAAACACAUUUUCCCACCAGCAAGGAAUCUCUACACUAUGGACAGCACAUUGUCCCAGCCUGGAGUCCCUCAUGCUAGAGGAUCACUGCUACUACAAGCCUACUCCUACGAUGCCGCUGCCUCUCAGCCCUCCUGAGGGGCUGGGGACCCCAAACAGCACCCCUGGGCUGCCUCUCCGGACCUGGGAGUCUGGGGUUGUGUCCCCUGUUCGACAGGGCCUCUGGAUUCUGGGAUGGCAGCCCCUCUCCCUGCAGAGGUUUGAGGGUGGGAAGGAAGAUACUAAAUUUGGCCCAUGACACAACAGAGGCAGAGGCAACUGAGGGCAGACUCACUUAGGACAGAGCAGAGAGGGGGCAAACAUGGCCUUGGGGGACAGAGCCAGGGGUGGUACUGAGACCUCCCAAGAGCCUGGCUCUUGCAGCAGAAGCAGAGAUUGCCCAGGCUUAUGCGUCCCAGUCUCAGUCUCCACAGGAUCUGUGAGAGAUCUCAGCAAGAAUGAGGCUCCGGCUCAACUAGAAUCCAGUAUGAGAAAAAAGACAUAGAUAAGAAAAGGACUAGGAAACAUGCAGAUCCAGGCCUGGGGACAGACAUGGGAGACAGACAAAACCACCCCUGCCUCCUAGGACCUAGACUUCCCUCUGCCCCUGAUAGAGACAGAGCCACCACUCAACUCUCAAAACAGGAGGCAGAUCUCAGAGACAGCAGCAACUGGGGUGCUUUUAUUUCCUCCUGGGCCUGGCAGGCUGAGAGCAGAGACAAAGGCACAGGGGCGCCUGGGCCUAUUAUGGUCUGGAGUUCGGCCAGGGUAGUAACUGUGAACAGGUGUGCCAGAGUGUGUAGGGACUGGAGGGAGCCUCCCAGAACUGAGGGAAGGGCCCUUGGGGUGUGGAAGCAACAUAACUGUUGGGUUUGGCACAUGUACAUGAGAGGGGUUAUGGAGUGGGUGUGGGAUGGGUGUGCUGGGCGUGGGGUAACCCUUGGAGCAGGGUGUGUUAGAGUGUCUCAGAGCCAGGGGUAACUCAGGGCAUGGCACGUCGGGGCAUGUCGGGCCCUGGCUGUUGACUGAAAAGCCGCGUGCCAAGGGCUAGGGGAACCGAAAGACCUGUGGGCCAGUAGGACCCAUGAAGGCAACACUGCAGACUGGCUCAGCCCUGGGAGGGACGGAAGAAUCCAAGGGGACUCCUAUAGCAAGGCAAUGAGGGGGCAGGUCUGGGGUUCUCAUUCAGGAAUACAUCGUCAGCUGCAGCCACUGGGGAGAGAAAGGCAGAGUGAGGAGCAGAGAACGGAAUACUAGCAGACACAUUCUCUGCUUUGACCCUGGGUUUGUUGGGAUAAUAGGAGGGCGGGAGUCCAAGCUCAGAGCUGGUACAUGGGGUUGAGAGGAGGGAGUCCCCUGCCAGACACCCACAUCCCAGAAUGGGGGUUCUUACCUCCUGGAUGUUCACUUGAAUUUGUCCAGUGCCAUCCUUGUCAAGAGAUUUGAAGGCACCUAGAGAAGGAAAGGGAUGGGGAUUUGCCUUUUAGGAUAAAAAUAUACAGCCUGGGUUGGUCAGUAGAGUAUGCGACUCUUGAUCUUGGGAUUCUGAGUUCGAACCCCAUGUUGGGUGUGGAGAUAACUUAAAAAUAAAAUCUUAGGAGUGGCUGGGUGGCUCAGUCAGUUGUGUUUGGCUCGGGUCAUGCUCUCAUGGCUCGUGAGCUGGAGCCCUGAGUCAGGCUCUGCGCUGAUAGUGUGGAGCCUACUUCAGAUUAUCUGUCUCCUUCUCUCUCUGCCCCUCCCCCACUUGCAUGCUCUCUUGCUCUCUCUCUCUCUCUCUCAAAAAGUAAAUAAACAUUAGAAAAAUAACAAAAUCUUUAAAAACAAGGAUAAAAAUAUACUAAUAUAUGAGAAUGAUGAUACUAGCACUUGGGGCACCUGGCUGGUUCAGUUGGUGGAGCAUUUGACUCUUGACUGCAGCAUUUCAGGGGCAUGAGCCCCCACAUUGGAUGUCAUUUACUCAAUAAUACAUACACACACACACACACACACACACACACACACACACAACACACACACACACGUGAAAAAAAUAAUGGCAAGCACUUAUUGAGUUCUUACUCUAUGCCAAGCACUGCAUAAAGUGCUUUCCAUGUAUUAAUUCAUUUAAUUAAAUUUUGUGAGGUGUCAUUUUUUUUAUGUUUUAUUUAUUUUUUGAGAGAAAGAGCAUGAGUGGAGGAAGGACAGAGGAUUCAAAAGCAGGCUCUGCACGGACAGGCUGACAGCAGAGAGCCUGAUGUGGGGCUCAAAGUCACCAACCCAGAGAUCAUGAUGAGCCAAAGUCAGAUGCUCAACUGACUGAACCACCCAGGCGCCCAGAUUGUCAUUUUCAAACAGGGCCAGAGAUGUGAAGUAAUGCGCCCUAGGAACAUCAGGAUUGGAACCCAGGCUGUAAGCCCCCUCAAUAAUGGCCUCCAUAUGACCUGUACCCCACCUCUGCCUAAGCCCCAGCCUUGCAUAAACCUCUAAGGGCCUAGCUCUCCUCCUCUUCCUGCUCUUAGUUUGGUAUGGUCCCCACUCCUGCCCUGAAACCUGACUCAUGUUCCCCACCCAUAGCCAAACCUAAGCAAUCCUGAGCCUACACUGUCUGUGCUCCCUCUCUCAUUCACCACUCAGUUAUACCCUCAGGUGUCCACACAAGUAGUAUCCCAGACACUGCACUCACUACAGUUACUAUUGCCAAUAGCCAUUUCUUAAGCCUUCUCAUAUGUGACUUUUGGAAUCAUCUGCCCUUAUUAUCCAUUCCCAUCUUCCCCUUCAUGUCCCUGACAUACCUGCCCCUUUUUCUCUGCCCAAGGUUUUAAUGCUUUGCCCUUUCUGGGCUCUCAUGAGGCUAGAGGAUCUUCCUAAAACCAAAUCUGGCCCUGUCCUUCCUCUGUCUAGAACCUGUUAUAGCUCUCCAGUGCCCCCCAGUAAUGUCUGAACACCACCGAACGUGACACUCACAGCCCUGCAUGGCCUGACCAUGCCCACUGCUCUACUUCCUUUCACUCAGUUCUCUCAGAUCCAAGUUCAAAUUCUGGCUUUGCAACUUCCUAGCUGAGUGGCUGUGAGCAAGCAGUUUUGCCUCCUUGAACCCCAGGUUCCUCCUCCAGAAAAUGGGGCCAGGAACUCCCAUUUCUCAGGGUAGUCUUAAGGAUUCAAUGCAAUCAUGGUCAUAAGAGCCCUCACAAUCUAGCCCCUGCUAACCCCUCCCAGCCUUUGUCUCUGCACCCUACCCCCUUUCCAGCAUUGAGAAUGGAAUUCAACAAAAAACACCAAAAGCACCUUCCCCUGUUGGCCUUCGUAUGAGUUAUUCCAAGAGGAACACUUGUCUCCCCUCUACCCCUAGAGUUAUUCCUCGUCCCUCAGGCCCCAAUUCACAUGUGUCUUCCUCCAGGAAGCUCUCUUGAUCCCUUAGUCUGCAUCGGGUACCUCCUAGGUUCAAAUAGUCCACUAUUUAUGAAUAGUCCCCAUUCAUAAAUCUAAACCCACUUGGCCCUGAGCUUCUCCUCUCACGCUCGAUCACUCUGCCCUGAGCUUCCCUACCCCAAAUGUAACCAUUCUGAGCUGUCACUGUCUGGUGAUUUGCCUCUCCUCCAGUGGACUGUGAGUGACGUGAGGGUGGGAACUGGGGGUGUUUCGCUCACUGGAGCUGCUUGCCUCAGGGCCAGACUCAGAGAAGACCUCGCCCAUAGGAGGUAGAACAAAUCCCCACCCAGGAAGAGAGCUGGGGUAUAUCACUCACGGAACAUAGCAUCCAGCCUGACCAGGCAGCUGAUGAAGUUGUCAAAAUCCAUGUUCCCUCCUUCAUCUGAGUAGCGUCGGAUGAUCAUGUUGUAGAGAUGUUCAUUCAGGUGGAACCCUGAGAAUGGUUUCAUUUCUCAGGUGUGAGGCCCACAAGGCCCAACCCACUCCCACCCCUGGGACUCACCCUCAGACCAGCGCACUAGGGGCUGUCUUACCCAUCCCCCCACCCAGUCCAACCAUGUCCCUGCCAGCCGUACCUGCUGCCUCAAAGGCUGCUGGGAGUUCACUGCUGCCAAUGGUACCUGAACGGUCAACAUCAAACUGUUUAUAUAUGGCCUGUGGGGACAGGGAGGGAAGAAGUCAACUGAACAUCGUGGGGCAUGGCAUCUUCAUGGCUUGAGGGUCUCUAUGCUAGGAGUGUGAGGUUACCACGCACCUGCCACUUUUUGAUGUUGUUCCACAAGUACUUGAAUUCUUGGAAGCCCAGCUUGCCUGUGGUGUCACUCUGGUAGAAGGGUGUUAAGAAUAGUGUGAUGGUUGUACCCAGAGGCAUGCACUGUAUGCCAUGGAAUAAUGACCAAGCAGGGGGACCUGGGCUAAAACCCUAGCUCCCAUCCCACCCCAGUCAUGUCACCUUGGAUAUGGUUUUACUUUUCUUUUUAUCCAUAUGUAGUUUAGUUCAUAUAUUUUUUAAGAUUUUAUUUUUUAUUUUUUUAAUGUUUAUUUAUUUUUUGAGAGAGAGAGAGAGAGACAGAAACAGAAUGUGAGUGGGGGAGGGGCAGAGGGAGGGAGACACAGAAUCUGAAGAAGGCUCCAGGCUCUGAGCUGUUAGCACAGAGCCCGACAUGGGGCUCGAACUCACAAAUUGUGAGAUCAUGAUCUGAGCAAGUCAGACACUUAACCAACUGAGCCACCCGGGUGCCUCAAGAUUUUACUUUUAAGUAAUCUCUACACCUAACAUGGGGCUCUAAUUUACAACUCCAAGAUCAAAAGUCACAUGCUCUACUAACUGAUCUAGCCAGGUGCCCCUAUAUUUCUAAUUUAAACAUAACCAUGGGGAAUUAUAUUGAACUUCUCUAAACUAUAAAUUCCUUACCUGACAAUAGUUGCUAACUCCUCAUUUAUAAAAUUCAUAAUAGCAAUUCAAUUUCAUAAAUGUCAGGACAUGUGAAAAACAAGGGUCUUAGAAUUCUAAGGAAAGGUGAUAAUAAACACCCGCUGGGUUUGUGAUAAAAACAGAAUGAGAUAAAGCCCUUAGCUCAGAGGCUAGUAUUUGAUAAACUCUCAAUAACAAGGACAGCCAAGACUUUAUCAAGUUACCUAACACAUGCCAGGCAGUGCUAAGCUUCUCAGGAACAUUACUUUUCUCACUAAAUUCUUAAGACACUGGCCUACCAGUAUUAUUCCCCAGUCACAGAGAAAGAAACAGAUUCAGAGAUGAAAAUCUACAGAAGAUCACAGUAGCAGCUAAUGUGUACAGACCAUUUAGUACUAAGUGCUAUGCAGCGUGCUAAACCUUUGGGUGGCGCUCCAAAUCAGGUGUCACCAUAAUCAUUUACCUCAUUUUAUAGACAAGCAGACGGAGGCACAGAGAGGCUCAGUAACCUUGUUAAAUGGCACAGCCAAGAUUAUGUAACUGUGCAACACAUGUAUGUGAUCACAUGACAAUAUGUGUGUCUACAUUUUCCCUAUGUGCUGAGCGUGCACAGAUCCAAGAUCAGCUACUGACUGGCCCAUGUGUAAACAUGCAUGUGUUCCUGUGACCAUGCCUUCAUAUAUCUUCAUGUAUAUGGGUAUGCCCUUGUAUACAUGUACAUGUAUAUGGGCACAACUAUAACAGUUAUAAGCUUGGGUUCUUGGGGCACCUGGCUGGCUCAGUCGGUAGAGCAUGCUACUCUUGAUCUCAGAGUCAUGAGUUCAAGCCCCACACUGGGUAUAGUGCUUACUUUAAAAAAAAAAAAAAAAAAAAGAGGGGCGCCUGGGUGGCUCAAUCAGUUGAAUGUCUGACUCUUGGUUUUGGCUCAGGUCACAAUCCCAGGCUAUGCACUGAGUGCAGAGUCUGCUUGGGAUUUUCUCUCUCCCUCUGCCCAUCUCCCCUGCUCUCUCUCUCU